CUCUGUCUGCGUCUCUCCUCUCUAAACACGUGGAGAGAGAGAAGGAUGAAGGAGGGAAGGAGAGGUACAGGGUGCGGGUGUUGUUCCAUGUACGAGGGGGCACCAGCAGAGGGAGCUGUAUCACCCUCCACGCCUUCAAAGAGACCGAGGAGCAGAAGGCUUCGUGUAUCACACAGCCUCCACUGGGUCUAUGUGUGGUGACCCUGACCCUACCUAAGAACUGGUUUGAGGCGGACCAGACCAGCCAGCCCUACCUCGGCCCCAACCAGCCCGCCAGGCACACACACCGACACCGCACCCGUAAUCGGGGACGACGGCACGAGGUUGUUGUCGUCGUUGGAGCCGGUGGCAUCCCCUUCCCGGGCGCCCUCAGAUACAGCCCCGCCCACGCCAGAGACCGCAUCCAGCUGUACUACUCAUUGUUCGGCACAGCAUCCAACCUCAAACUAGCACCCCCUAGGUGUGUGGAAGACAAAUUACCACAGUCUCAGAGACAGUUGUUUUAUAUAGGAGCUGUGACUCUGAGGGACUCUACAACAAGGGGAAAGACUCCAACAGGACCAAAGAGGAAAUAGGCUGUUCCAACGGACAGGAAGAGGAGGAGCUACGGUUGGAUUCCAACGUGCUGAUUCGCUAUCGCAGGGGACCGGUCCGCACGGGACAGCCAAUAGGGGUUUCUGUGAACCUGAGGGCCAAUUUCAGUGCAGAGUUUGUUGUUAUCCGACUGAAGGUGAAGAAAGGCCUUUUGUCUCUGGUUGCCCAGCGCUCUCUGAACUCUGACCUCUGGGUUGUGACCCUGGAGAGAACCCAGGGCUCCAAACAUGAUGUCAUCUCCAUCAUCUGCCACAAACUGGCCGGACACACUGACAGCAACAGUCUGUCUGCUCUGCAGCAGGUUGCCUGUCUGUCAGUGGACGGCUUGCGAAGGAGUUUCGGGGUUGCCAUGACUGUAUCGGCUAGCUGGUGGGUAGAGUACUCAGGCCGUAAUAACCCUCCGCCACCACACGGCGGAGUAGUGAGCAGCUUCUGCUUCACUGACAGAGACAUAGUGGGCAUCUCUCCCAUUACUGAGAGUGGCACGAUCAUCAACACGGCCAUCUUGACCAGCGAGCCCGUGUCGCUUCCUGUCAUUGUGCUGGCAGUGGGGCAUGAUGGGAAGGUGUCUGAUGUCACCGCAGCGGUGAAAUGUCAGUCGUCAAAUGAUGAUAUCAUCAAGGUGUCAAGCGAUUGCUCCACCCUCUUCGUCGAUGGAAGUGAAUCAGGGGUGGGCAGCACCUGUGUGGGGGUGGAGUUUCUCCUGGGCACGCUCAGUGGGUCCCUGUGUCUGUCCGUGUGGGCUCCUGUCGUCCCGCUGCGCGUCUCACUGUCCGACAACGAGCUGAGCGCCAUCGAGGGCUGGAACCACUACACGGAGAACGGCUGUUCUCCAGUGUACCAGAGGUCCACGGUUCAGGUUCUGACCCAGUUCAGUGCUCAGGGGGGCCAGGGUCAGCUGACCUACCUGCUGGGCUCCUCCGAUUGGUUCGUGGAUGCCACAGAGAUGGUCCGUAAUUGGCUGAGGGUAGAGAAUCCUCGUGUGGCGGUCCUCGACAAGCAGAGCAAUCUGAUUGGUCUACACCCAGGGAAAACUUCAGUUCAUGUCAUAUCAAGCCAAUGGGAUGGUGUGCUGGGUAGCUGUGAUGUCAUCGUGACCUCUGAACCCGUGACCCCAGGUGACCUCUCAGUGCAGGUUGUGGGAGGACUCGGUAUGUCAAUCAAUGCAAGCCCUGCCCAUCCUGCUGUUGUCACAGCAACAGUGACAGCGUACAACGUUCUCUACAACCAUGGGCAGGAAGCGUCCAUCAGUGUCUGGCUCCAGUUCAGUGAUGAUAGCGCCACGUUGCUCUCCGCCUUCAGCCGUGGUACAUUCGGCCUUCGCCUCUCCUCAUUGGCCGAGACCGUAGUUGCCGUGACGCCCGGUCCGUCGCUGCGUGUUGUCGCCCAGGGUGAAGGGGGCGGGCCUUUACUGAAAGCAGAACUCCUGGUCACCACCUGCAAGCCAAUGGCGAACUCCGUCGACGGGGACCUGGCCAAUCCGAGGGAAGGAACCGAGACCAGGAGUCUGGCUAAAGGAUCUGGUUGGAUCAGGGUGAACCUGGACUCUGACCUUCAUCCAAUGGGGAGCGAGGAGGCAGACUUUCAGCUGCUCGAUAUUUCGGACAUGCUGGUGGAGUCGUCGGACAGGGACGUUCAGUACAGCAACUUCCCGGACAAUGACAUCAUCAUAGAGAAUGUCACCGCCGUCAACGGUGACGACUACUAUGACAAGGCCGGCGAUGGGAUGGUCGCCAGGAACGACCUGGAGAGAGCGGUGUUGACCCCGAAUCACGAAGAGAGCGCUGUGUACUUCUCUCCCGGGGUGGAGAGAGAGAGGGAGGAGAAACUGGGGGAUAAAGAGCUGGAACUGGGUGUCGGGGCAGUUCUCUCCCUCCUCUGCCUCUCCGCACUCCUCUUCCUGGUGAAUUGUCUGCCCUGCGCUUUGAGGGAGAGGAAGAGGAGGAAGGACAUGAACGUGGAGGGGGUGGAGGAGGAAGGAGAAGAGGAGAAGGAGGAGGAGAAGGAUGUUGCAGAAAAGAACGAGAAAAUAACAUCAUACCCCAGGGUAAUAUCACUUCCUGAGACUAUUCCAGCAGAGAAAGAGGAGCAGCCAGAUCAAAGCAUUGACCAUUAAGGCUGCUCCGAAUAGGCACCCUAAUCCCUUUAAAAGCCCUGCUCAAAAGUAGUGCAUUGUGUCGGGAAUAGGGUGCCAUUUUUUUCAGGAGAGAAAGGUUGUUGAUAAAAUCAACAUUCUUUGGAAAAUGUACUAUAUGUUCUUGUCACUGUUUCACCAACAAUGUAUCUUAAUGUCAUCUUUGUAUAAGGCUAGUCUUUUUCUCAGUUAUUUAUUUCUGAAUGUUUGUCUAUCUACCAUCGCACAUCUACAGUAACUAUCCAACAGAAGUUAAUUAUGUGUGCAGAAACAAUGCACGUACACAUCUGCCACAUUUAUUUGAUUGGUAUUAUUUCACAUGUACAAUUUGUUGUCAUAUCUUUUCGAUUUAGGGCUCAAUUCAAUCCGUAUAGCUUAAGUUCACCCUUAUAUUGCAAUUGAAUUUUAAAGGCAAUGUUCCCACGUUCGCAGAGACUGAAUUCACGGUAAACGCUGCAUAUGUCAGCUCAAUCGGAAAUUACCUUUACAUUUCAAGCACGCUAUAGCGCUGAACUUUGGUGAUACGGAUUGAAUCAAGCCCUUAGGCCUAUUGACGGAAUAGUAUAGGGUUGCAAAAUCCUGGUAACUUUCCCCAAAUUCCCCGCCGGGAUGACUCCCAUACACAUGAUUGUUCCCUCCUGAUUCCAGAGAUUCUCCAACUGGGAUUUCUGUAAGAACUGGGAAUUUGGGGCAAGUUACUGGAAUUUGCAACCCUAGUCCUGCACAUUCUAGUGUUCUGGUUGAUCUCAUCAACCAAAAGGAAAACCCACUUGUAAAUAGACGUUAUAGAAUAACUCAUGUGAAACAUGUUAUUCUCCUGCUUGGCAAAGGUUGUAAAUUAACUUAAUAUGAUUUCCUAGUAAUACAAUAUUUAUUUUUGCGUUUGAUUUAGUGCUAAUUAGGAAAUAGUUUGAUUCCUUGAUCAACCUUUUAUUUUUAUUUUUUAUCUGGCCUAAUUUAUCAGUCAAUCUGUCCAGAGUUUAGCUGUGUUUGGCCAGACCUCCAGACAAGUGUCUGGGGGAGAGCUGGCUGGCCCAUAUGGCUGGCCUAGAGAUGUUAUGUAUCCAACUCCAGCUACCUCGAACUGAUGCUGGGUGGCACAGAGCACUCUGUUCCUGGCAGUCUUCUCCAGCUAGUUCCACCCCAUGUGGGUUGUCUGCCUCAAGCGCCAGUCUCAAGGUGUUUCUUGGAUUAUGGACCUGACCAGUAGAGGUCACUAACAGAGCACUAUUUCCAGCUCCCAUGUUGCCACUUAGUGUGAAUGAGAAUUGGCUCAAGUGUAAGGUUCAAUCCCAGGUAGAGCCUGUGGUUGUGUUGACACUGAUGAUUGAUGGACUGUGACAACUGAUGAAGGUUUAAUAUUUGAGGUUCCCCUUCCUGUGAACACCAGUGGUGAUGGAGGGAAACUUCUGGAAAGAGUAGACAAUUAGUGUUUUAAUCGCUAUUUUUGCCUAUUAAAAAAACGUUUACCGUAGGUUUCCCUUCAUAACCGCUGCUGGUGACUGUUCUGGAACCAUGGGGGGAACCCCAGGAUUUAACCGCCCCCACUUAUUGCCCAUCUUCUGGCCGGCACACCACUCCCCAAUCUCUUUUCUGUUAUAACACCCCUCUCCCCACUUUUCCCAGGGGGCCAGAGCCCCCAUUCUGAACCCACACUGCAGGCAUACUACCUCAUUAGUUGCUGGGUAAGUGUUUGACUUGCUAGUCUUAACUUUGCAUGAGUGAGGCUAUGAACCCACAUUGUCAGUUUGGAACAUGUAUUAAAUUGUCUAGGUGUAUUGCACUAGCGUUGAAGAUGUGAAUGCAGUAGUUUAAACCUCACAUUCAUGUAGCCCCUAAAGAAAUAUGAUGGUCAAUUUGCCAUGGGCUUGAUGUGACUGACCGCAUGGGGAAAUAAUUAUAAUGAUCUUUCCAACAAGCCAGUCUAGCAAAAGCUCAUGUCAUUACAGUACAUUAUCAAUAUCAUAGCUUACAGAUUGUUAUUCUGAACAGGACAUCUCUUUGAAACAAUUCAGUACAAGUCUAUAGCCUGUACCCACAUUUUAGGUAGGAUAUAGACCUACAGUAGCCUUUAGACAAGGAUCCCCCAACUGGCGGGCCGAAUUUUGCUUACGGGUGGUUUUAUUUGGCCCCCCAAGUUUUCUGUGCAAAAAGUGAUUUUAAUUUUGGAAAUCUGUUCCCAAGUAUUCCCACGCAUAAUAGAGAGACGUGAUCGUAUACAAAUGUAAGGAAUGUUGGAAAUGAUUAUGUUUCAGUCAAAUAGAUCUGUUUGGGCUUCUUGCGGUCAAUUUGCAGUCUCCAAAAUUAUUUGUAAUUAUGUUCCGGCCCCACGACAAACCGCUCAAGAAAAAUAAUUGGCCCACGGCUGAAUGUAGUUGAUGAUCCCUGCUUUAGACCCAUUCCCACCUUACUAGAAAGUAAACCAUGAAGCACCGCAUUUGAAUUGAUAUAGUGUGACAUGCGGAGUUGCGUCCAAUAACUACUGUAUAGCAGAUUUCAUUUGCAUAGAUGUCAGACGAUACGUUACAGUAACUAUAUUGUUGGACAAAAAUAGUACAAUUCAAAUUAAAUGGUGGCGUAAUUUACAUUUACAUUUUUAGUCAUUUAGCAGACGCUCUUAUCCAGAGCGACUUACAGUUAGUGAGUGCAUAAAUUUUUUCAUAUUGUACCUUUUCAGUUGCUCCCUUUAGUGAUGUCUGGACAAUGGAGUCCUUGACUCAUUAGAUGAACUACGUGCAGGUAGUUAUGACCAGAGGUUGCUUCAGAAGCUUGGGAUGGACCACAAAUAUUCAAGUAUGAGCACGGUUUGGAGCAUGCGAUCAAAAUCUAACAAUGCAGAUCAUAAAACGACCCCAUUAUUUACAGCGUGAUUUUACAGCAGAAAGAAAAAGAAAGUUUGGACUACCAUUUUCUAUUAAUUUAAUGCAAAUGAAAUCAAUUUCUUGAUUUUGAAUUAAUACAAUCAUUCUCUAUCAAUCUAUCUUAACCAAGAGCACAACACGGCACAUUUGUUUUAGAGAUUGUUUACAGAUCUAAAACAAGUCAAGUACAGAUGCAAAAAAGUGAUCACAUUAUGGAAAAAUAUAUUUAUUUUGCACAUGCAGAUCCUUCUACAUAUAACAUGAUCUUAGAAAUUGUCAAUACAAAAUGGAAGUUAACAUGCUAAACAG